CUAUUUUUUCCCUUUAUCUUUUAUCAGCUUCAUUUUUUAUCGUCCAUGUCGUCACAGCCAAUAGGUAAAAAUUGAUCGGCAGAAUAAUUCACGCCAAACUCACUCGCGAUCGUGUUAUAGGAUACCUCCUAGCAGACGCCGAAUACCCUAUACUCCGACCACAAUGGCAGCCGACGAGCGGAACAUGCCCUUCAUAAAACACCUUGCAUCCAGUGAUCGUAAAAUACGAACCUCAGCCCUCGGUACCCUCCGCACGUUCCUUACGGCGCCUACCACCGCCCGGAAGCUGACAGACCUCGAUUAUCUAAAACUAUGGAAAGGUCUAUUCUAUAGCGUAUGGAUGUGCGAUCGGCCCAUCCCGCAGCAGAACUUGUGCGCCGAUCUCGCCGGCCUCCUAGCUACCCUUCCUACGCCGAGCGAUAACGAGUGCGCCGUAGUAAUUCCGUUCCUCCGCGCCUUCUGGGCUACUCUCUCCCGCGAAUGGACUGCCAUUGACGUUUUGCGCAUGGAGAAAUACUUGUUGUUGGUGAGGCGCGUAUUUGGUGCUAGUCUGGCUUGGGCGGGCGACGGGACGAAAGGGAAGAAAGGCGAGCAGUUGGCCGGUACACGCGCAGACGGCAUGCUUCGGCUGCUAGAGGAAUGGCCCCUCGAAAAGACGGGCGACCUAUCCAAAGUGCCUGUCGGCUUGCGACUUCACGUGCUGGAUAUAUGGGUCGACGAAGCAGAGAAACUGGAGCUGCUGGCGAACGAAGGCGACGAGAGCGCCAAGGACUGCGGCACGUUUCUGGACAGGUUGCGGACUAUCGUGGAGGUGCAAUCCAAGUCUACUUGCCAACCUGUGCGAUCUAGAGCUAAGGAAUCUCUGUCCGACGAGAGGUUACCGUGGAAUAGAGUUACCUCGUCGGAGGAAGAGACGGAUGUUGACAAGGGCGAUGGGGACAGCUGGGACGGAUUCGACGACUGAGUCGCAAACUUCGGUUUAUCCGCUGCCGGGAAUGCGAACGCGGUAGGGUUUGGAGUUCGGGCGUUUAUGCGGAUGGACAUAUCCAGGGUUAACGCAUUGCCUCGGGAAUCGAAACAUUUUGUUCAAGACCACUAAAGUCCUAUAUUAAUAAACAUACCUAAGGCGCCGCACAAGUCGUGCGCGUAUUGCUCAAAGACUAAUUUACAUAUCUACUUCUACGCUGGGGGUAUCACAUAACAACCUGCUCGUUGCUCUUUUCCGUACGCGCGCCUCAAGUUUAUACA